AUGGGAUCACAGGGGUUCUCAUUUCCGCCCCCUCCACCACCACCACCGCCAACAGCCCAACAACCACCCGCUUAUCCUCCAGCCCAACAUGGCCAGAAUUGGGGACGAGGUGGAGGUCAGAGAGGACGCGGAAGGGGACAGGGCAAUCGAGGUCGAGGAGGUAGCCAUACUGAUGGCGGACGGCAGCAAUCAUAUCCCCCGCCAGCGGGCUACAACUACCCUCAGCCGAAUUACACUGGAUAUCCCACCCAACCUGUGCCUCCAGCGCCAUAUAUGCCCCCGUCGCCAUACCCCCCUGGCCAAUCGCAAGGAUAUCAGAACCCUCAAAAUGCAUCUGCAUAUCCCAACCCCCAAUUCCCGCAGCCGGUAGCAUCGGCGGCUUACCAACACCUACCUUAUAACCCGACCGCCAACCACACUACACCUUAUCAACAAACUCCGACAUACAUGCAAGGAUUACCAGUACCUCCCCAUCGUCACCAGCCUCACAAUCAAGGAAUGGUAGGCGCCAUGGCUUGGGGCAAUGAGAUGCAGGGUCAAUACAUGGGAAGCCAACUAGGGCAAGCCCGAGGACCUCGAGCCCACGCGCAUGCAAACCACAGCCAAAAACCCAAACUGAAUCAGAAACGAGAUCACUCGUCUGCAUUCAACAAGCCGCAAGCUACCGUGCCCCGAACACCCGCAGCGCCUGCCGUACCAAGCUUUGGGAAUCCUCUACCAUCGAAACCUCCGCCAGCUGCCGACGCCACUCCUAACCGGAAGUCGAAGAAGAGAAAGAGGAAGCACAACCAGCUUGGACUCACUCCACAUGCUGAUGACCGCGAUUCCAGCGAGGAAGAAGAAGACGGCGAAGACGAAGAAUCCAAACUAGCGCAAGGCGGAUCUGGCGCAGCACCACUUCAGGUUUCCUACAAGGGAAAGACUUCUACACUACAAACCAAAUCUGACAUUGCGGCAUGGAUUGCGGAGCGAAAGAAGAACUUCCCCACCCAAGCCCGAAUUGAAGCGAAGAAAAAGGCAGCGGACGAAGCAAAGGCCGUUCGUGAGGCCGCCCGUCAACAGAAAAUCCAGGAGCAACAGGCAAAGCGGAAAGACAGCCGCAAACCGAGCGAGAAUACUACGAACAUCCCGGGUGCCGGCACGGACGCACAGCGCAGGGAGGAACUUCAGCGCAACCUUGAACGAGAGCAGAAACGCAUCAUUAAAGCCGUGGCUGAAGCUGACGCGGCCCGCCUUCGCUUGGAGGCUUUGCAGAAGGAGGCGUUGGGCUUGAAGACGGAAUCUCAUCAGGAUGAAGAUACGUCAGUCAGACAAGAGCCAAUCGAAGAGGACCCUCAGACCCCAGUGCCUGCGCCAGACACGCCCGACAUUAAGACUGAACCGGCGAUCCAACCAGUUGUCAAGGUUGAGCCGCAUGACACAACCCCAGAGUCCGAACCGGGAGUCCCCGCUUCCCACGCGACAGAUGUGCAUCAAGACUCCAAUGAGGUCGUAAUUAACCCCGAAUUUCAAAGCCAGGACCCCGCCCAUGCCCUGGAUGGCCAGAUGGAAUUGCCCAAUCAAGACAGCGACUGGACAUCUUCUGGCGGCUCAGAUUCAGAGUCCGGCUCUGAUUCCGAGUCUGAUUCGGCACCAGAGCAGUCAAGUUCGCGCCGCACGGGACCAGAGCGAGUCCCACCCCCGCCCCGGGAGGGCAAAAAGACUGUAUGCCGCUAUUUUGCGCGCACCGGGCAGUGUAACCGAGGUGACCAGUGUAAAUUCCUCCACGAGACAUCUGAACGAACAAAAGCAAAGCCCGAAAGGAAGGAAAAAGAGAAAGAGAGACGCAAGGGACUUUACCAAGCUUUGCUGGACCGGCAGAAGGAAGAUGAAGAUCGUCGCGCCAUGGAAACGCUCUGUUACCUUGGACAGAACAAUCUGCUCUAA